UUUCUUAGGGUAGCGAACGAAUCGGAGUACAGUGCAUCAUCUCGAUCAGGUCAGUCGCGUCUCGCAAUUCGCGCAGUAAAUUGUGAGUUGUUGCGUACGAUCCGUUUACGGAGCUCUUGGGUUUGCGUAGCGACGCGCGCGCUAUUGGUAUUAAAAGAAGAGAAAAAAUCAGACAGUCCGCAUUCUUGCUUCACAUAUAACAGAGUAUUAAACAUUUUGAUAUAGAUUGUACGCGGAAAAAGAGCGUAGCCCGGUUUUCUUACGGUACGACGCGCGCGCCGACUGAACGAUUGCCUUUGUCUUCAUACACGCGAGAUAUUUGAGUGAUAUAUACAAAAUUAAAAAUGUCAGACGACAACUCGCCUGUUGUUGAAGAACAAAAGAAAAAGCGUGGUAGACCAGCAAAAACAGAUAAGAAUACUGUUAAAGAACCUAAGAAGAGAGGCAGACCCUCUACUGAUAAAAACAAUGCGAUACGCACUGCAAAAUCUGACAAUGAAGAUGAUGCAUCGCCUGUGCCUGUUAAAAAAGGAAGAGGGCGACCAAAGGGAUCACAUAAAAAAAAGCAAGGUUCACCUAAAGGAAAUCCUUCUGGACGGGGUCGUGGUAGACCUAAGAAGAAAGAGGAAAAACCUGAAAGUACUGGAGAAGAGGAAGAUGAACAAGAAGAAGAGGAAGAGGAGGAGGAGGAUAAUUGAAUGUAAAAAAAUAAAUUCAAUGUACCAGAAUUAUUCUUUGAAAGUUUUUAAAAAAUUGAUAAGAAAUUUAAAACUUUUAAGUUUGCUUUUUAUAUCAUAAUCUGCAAAUCGAAAUAGUAAAGUGGUAACAUAUUACUUUAAAAAAAGAGAGAGAGAAAAUAAAAACUGCUCGUGUUCCAAGGAAGUUGUACGAAAAUAUGAUUUAUAAUCAACAACAAAAGAGAAGGAAAAAAAGAAGUGGCAUAGAAAACCUUGGUUGAAAAUAUGUAAAGCACUUUGUAGUAUUUACUUUAUGCAUUUUUAUUAUGAUUAUUAUUAAUAUAAUAAUUAUUAGUAUUAUUUUUAUUAUUGUUACUAUCAUAAUAAUUUUAUUUUAAGUAUCAAAACGAAAUACAAGUAUUUUAAUGAAGAAAAUUUUAAACCUAAAAAAAUUAAGAUCUCAAGCUGACUUGGAAUUAAAAUGAUAAAGACUUUAGCUAACUUUAAAGUAUAAGGUACAUAGUGACCUUACAUAAAGCAUAUGGUGUAUAAUUAUAUCAUAUAUGUUACCUCUUUUGCCCCUAUGUAUGUACAUUUUAAUUCUGAAAGUCAAAGACUUCAUAUAAAUUUAAUACUGUGAGAAAUACUUCUUGUACAAGAAAUAUCCUUUUUUUAAUUAUAUUUGAACAAGUGAACAUUAAUGUUUUUCAAACAAGCAUAUGUGUGAAUGUCAAAUUUGUAUUAAAAUAAAUAAACUCAUAAAAUGACUCUUAUUAGUUGCUAUAUUAUACAUAUAGAUUUUUUCAUAUUCUAGCCAAAAUUCCUAUACUAGCGAAAUCUUGUUGCUAUAUUACAAUUUUAAAAAUACAUUUUAAUACAUUAGAAUACAUUUUAAUUUCAAUUGAUUAUCUUAAAAAUUAUAUUUAAAACUAUUUAAUAUUUAGUCUUUCAAUACUAUUUACUAUGCUUAGACAAAAAAGUUUAACUAUAUUAUUAAAUGAUGUUUAUCUACAGUAGUCACAUAGAAUGAAAUUUUUAAUACUUCUUUGUUUAACAUUAAGUGCCUAAUUUUUUA